AUGGGCGUCACACAUCGAGAUCUUAAGCCUGAGAAUAUACUGCUUACGAGGGAAACGAGCGAUGCACCAGUGCAAGUGAAGAUUGCAGAUUUUGGUUUAGCCAAAAUGGUCCACGCCGAAACCAUGCUCACCUCGAUGGUCGGAACACCACAAUACCUCGCGCCGGAAGUGGUGAUGCAAACGAAACAGCAGCCUGGAUAUGAAAAUGUCGUGGAUUCAUGGUCUAUAGGUAUUAUUGUGUACAGUAUGAUGACCAAAGCAUUACCUUUUGACGAAGAUGGAGAUGCUCCCAUCGAAAAACGCAUUAAAGACCGAUUCACGCAACCUGCCGAUACUGAACUACUCGUUCGACUGGGUAUAAGCGAUCUCGCCAUAGACUUCAUCUCGGGUUUAUUAGCUAAAGAUCCAAGACAGAGAUUGACAAUGAGACAGGCAUUAGAUCAUGAAUGGUUAUCUGGACCGAGCUCGCACAUUAGUGAAAGUCAAGUACCUGCGUCACAAGCUCUCGGUGGCGACUCCGUAUGGUCAAUUGAAUCGUUUGAUGAUCAAUUUCCUUUGGAUCAAAAUCCCAACCAGGAUGGUUAUUCGAGUGAUCCCCUUAAUGGCAACGAUGCCAAUGUUGAUGGAUCGACGGAAGAUAUAGGUAGAUGGUCUAGACCCAUGACUGCCUCUGGAACGAAUUACGAAUCGUUAGGUGAAUAUGGAUCUGAAGAAAGUUUCAGUCAACCUAUGGGAAAUCUACAUUUGAACACUCCAUUAAUCGAGAGAAGAUUACCACCUACAAAUAUCAAAGAUCAAUUACCGAGUUCACCGCCUCUCUCUUCUUCUUCCAAUUUACUAGUGAUGAAUGUUGAUUUACAACAACAGCAACAGCAGCAGCAAGAAGAAAAGGAAGUUGAUAUGGAUGGUGGAUUACCUACUCCCAUCACACCAAAACUUAGUAAUGGCAAUGAUGAAGACAUCAGUAUGAAUGGAAAUGGAAAUGGGAAUGGGAAUGGGACUGCUAUGUUGAUUACAAAGCGAAAGAAUCCAGAUGAGAUUCAAGGAUUUAGUUCAGGUAGUUUAUCACCUCCACCGAUGAAGAGUGAAGGCGACCGCCAAGUAGAAGUAGAAGAAGAAGAACGGGGAGAAAAGGAGAAAAGGAAAAAGGAAAAAGCGAAAUCUACUUCACCUGGAACGUUACCUACGAGACAAUCUACGAGGACUACCAGACCGAGAAAAUCAAUGAGGUUGGCUUGA